AUGAGAGAAAUAGUAUGUUGGGGUGUUGGUUAUGAUUUCUCUACAGAUUAUUACAAGGUUAUAGCAGGCUUCAGGGAAACUCCCUCAAGAAAACUGACGGUAUUCUAUGCGCUAACACUGAAAUCAAAUCUUUGGAAAGUUAUUGGAGAAGUCAAGUAUAGGUGUAUUGAUGGUUUUAAUGGCGUCUUAUGUGGUGGGGCGCUUCAUUGGUUUAUGAGUGAUAAAUAUAAGAGAGUAAUUCUUUCUUUAGAUUUAUCUACCCAAGAGUUUAAAGAAAUUCCCCAACUCGCGGAUGAAGAAUAUGUGAAUGAUGUCGAUGACAUCGAAUGCUUUCUCGGUGUAAUAGAAGAAUAUCUAUGCAUAUACUGGGAUCGUUUCCUUUUAUCUAGUAAAACAUGGGUGAUGAAAAACAAUACGUGGGAAUUAUAUAAUAAUGAUCAUUGUGAGACCAAGUAUGAUGUUUCGCACUCUUUAUUGGUGUUACGAAAGAGGAAUAGCUAUGUAUACACUCUUGGAGAUGGUAAAUGUGUGCCUUCUGCGGGGCCCUAUGUUCGUGCUAGUAUCUUUGUCGAGAGCCUUGUAUCUCCCCAUCCCCAUAGUAAAAACUAUGAGGGGCAAAAGUGGAACAUGAAUAAGGUUCGAUCUAAAUGUCUUUUCUUCAUAUACAUGCGUGUUUAUAUGCUUGUGGUGCCUGCGAGCUUGUGGGAAGGUAAUGCAAGUGUUAUAAGUGGUGCCAAGGGCAACAAAAGAAAAAAACAAGAGGAGAAAAAGGAUGAAUGA